UAUUAAUAAAAUGAAAUUGAUCGGGUUCAUGUAUUUGCUGUCGUUUUGUAGUCAUCUUAGUGGGGCCCCGAUAAAUGUUACAUCUAACAAUAAGAUAAGUAUGCUCAAUAGGAGAAUAAUAUGGACUAAUUGGAAUCAAUCGAACAUCGAAUUCAAUUCUGAUGCAAUUCUCGACACGCCGGAGAUGAUAAGAGAAGCGGGUUAUCCUGUAGAAACUCACGUUAUAACGACGGAGGAUGGCUAUCUCUUGACGUUACAUCGUAUCCCAGGUGGCAACGAUUCUUUACCCGUGCUGCUGCUGCACGGUAUGAUAAGUAGCUCCGCUGACUGGGUCGUUCUUGGCAAGAAUAAAGCAUUCGCUUAUUUAUUAGCAGAUCAGGGAUAUGAUGUUUGGUUGGGCAAUUUUCGUGGUAAUAUUUACUCGAGGGCACAUAUUUCUCUCUCUUCAUCGAAUUCGACAUUUUGGGAUUUUAGCUUUCACGAAAUGGGCAUCUAUGAUUUACCCGCGAUGAUUACAUUUAUUACGAACAUGAGAGCGCAACCAUUGCAUACGUAUAUUGGUUAUUCUAUGAGCGCAACUAGUUUUUUUAUAAUGGCAUCAGAGCGUCCAAAAUUCACUCAAAUGGUGCAAAUGAUGAUCGGUCUCGCGCCAGCAGUUUUUGGAAAUCACAUGAAGAGUCCGAUUCAAUACUUCUUCCCAUUAAGAAGAAAAUUAAAGAUCGUGGCCCAAUUGUUCUUUCACGAUGAAGUCUUCGGGAGUGAUUUUGUGAGAUUUCUUUUGAAAAAUAUCUGCGACCAGAACAUUACCGGGAAGUUAUGUGUCAAUCUUAUGUCUAUCAUCUGCGGUGAUGAUCACGAACAGUUUAACUAUACUCUACUGCCUGUCAUCUUGAAUCAUUUCCCGGCCGGCACCUCAACUAAGAUUAUUCUGCAUUUGAUUCAGUCAUUUGAAUCAGGCAAGUUUCGCAAAUACGAUCACGAUCGCGUGAAAAAUCUAUUGAUUUAUAAUUCGAUGGAACCACCAGAUUAUAAUUUAUCAAAUACCACAGUACCAAUCGCGUUGUUUUAUGCCAAUAAUGACUUGUUCGUCAGCAUAGAGGAUGUGGAAAGGUUGUAUCAUUCACUGCCCAAUGUAGUGGAUAUGUACAAAGUGCCGUGGUCUAAAUUCAAUCACGUAGGUUUUAUAUGGGCCAAGGAUGCAUCAAAACUGGUAUACGAUAGAAUUCUGAAAAUUAUGAGAGGGGAAAAUCUAAAUAAUGUUACGUCGGUGAAAUAAUAUUGUCAACA